AUGUCAAAAGCCCUACGCCUCGCCAUGAGUUUAUCACGUUCUUAUCCAUGGGUAGCCAAUCCCUUCAUCGUCAGCGCCCCAAUGCGCGUGAUGUCAGGUCCCGCCUUGGCUGUGGCCGUGUCGCGCGCCGGAGGUCUAGGCUUUCUCGGACCAGCUGUGAAAACACAAGAUAUGCUUGUCGAUCUUGAGAAGGUGUCAACAUUAGUCGACGAGGCUCGUAAGUCCUCAUCCGCCUUUUCCUCUUCGACCAAUGUACUUCCUAUUGGUGUCGGAUUCCAGCUCUGGAGCGAUGACCUCGCCACUGCCGUUUCCGGUAUCAAGAAGUUCAAGCCAUGUGCUGCAUGGCUCUUCGCCCCGAAAGGUGAGGCAAAGGGACUCUUGAAGGGAUCCGAGCGACCCGAUGUAAUUGUUGUCCAGGGAUCAGAAGCCGGUGGUCAUGGUCGACAUAAGGAUGGACUCGGACUGAUGACGCUCCUCCCGGAAGUUGUCGACGCGUUGGCUGGUAGUCAGAUCCCUAUCUUUGCGGCGGGAGGUAUUGCCGAUGGGCGAGGAGCUGCAGCGGUACUUUGUCUGGGUGCUGAUGGUGUUGUCAUGGGAACGCGGUUUUUGGCCUCCGAGGAGGCGCGUAUUAGUCGCGGGUAUCAGGGUGAAAUUGUGCGAGCUACUGAUGGUGCGGCUUCCACGACGCGGACGUUACUUUAUAAUCAUCUUCGUGGUACGAUGGGCUGGCCUGAGCCGUAUAUGCCGCGUACUAUUAUCAACAAGAGUUUCAUUGAGCAUCAGGCUGGCCGGUCGUUUGAUGAGCUCAAGGUGGAGCAUGAUCAGGCUCUGAAGGCUGGUGAUGCUGGUUGGGGUCCCGAGGGAAGGCUGGCUACUUAUGCUGGUGCGUCCAUUGGCUUGAUUCAUAAUGUUAAGGAUGCUGCGACUAUCGUGCAUGAUGUUCGGGAGCAGCUUAUAAUAUUAGGCAACGUGUAUUUUCCCAUUACUUACUCCUAUUUGUGUACCACCAAACACCUUCGAUUGGGGGGAAAAAUGCAGAACUCAGUCUUCGAAACCGCAGCCAGCGCAGUCCAGGCACGGAAUCGCAUCCGCAGCCACAUCUACCAAACACCACUCAUUCCAUCCAGAGUGCAAGGCAAAUCCCAUGGCGCAAAAGUCCUAUUCAAAGCGGAGAACUUCCAAUUGACGGGAUCAUUCAAGAUCCGAGGCGCAAUGUCCAAGAUGUCCGGCCAACCUGCGAAUGGACGAUUAAUAACCGCCUCGUCGGGCAACCAUGGCAUAGGCGCCGCAUGUGCCGCGCAAGCGCUCUCUAAAGAUCUCACUGUUGUCCUCCCAGAAUCGGUGGUGCCUGCGAAAUUAGAGAAGAUCAAGUCCUACGGGGUGAAUGUUAUUCUGCAUGGUGCUGAAACGGGUCUUGCUGAACAAUAUGCUCAGCGGCUUGCUGUUUCGGAUUCGUAUACUUAUAUUUCGCCAUACAAUGACCCGGAUAUUGUUGCCGGGCAGGGGACUAUUGGGUUAGAGAUUCUCGAACAGUGUGAAGAGGUGGAUAACGUUUUCGUGUCUAUGGGUGGUGGGGGGUUGAUUAGCGGUAUUGGGGCUGUCGUGAAAGCGUUAAGUCCGCGUACGAAGGUUUAUGGUGUUUCUGCGAUUAAUUCGAAAGCUCUCGCCGAGUCCAUGGCUGCAGGUCAUGUAGUAGAGACGGAACAUAAGGACACCCUAGCUGAUGCUGUUGCUGGCGGCAUCGAUACGGAUACAAUCACCCUCCCGUUGGCAAUGUCUGUGGUGGAUCGCGUCGUUGAAUGUGAUGAGGAUGAGAUUAAAGCGGCUAUGAAGGCUAUGGCAUUUGAUGAAAAUAUGAAUGUCGAAGGCUCUGCCGCUCUUGCUUUGGCUGGCUUCAAUAAAGUUGCACAACAGCUCGCCAACCAAACUAGCGUCAUUGUCUUGUGCGGUGCGAACUUUGACCAAACUGUCUUCAAGAGUGUGGUUCUGGAUCUUUAA